AUUUCACAAAUUCAACAUAUAAAUGGCGUCCAAACACAAACAUUGAAAUGUAAAAACAUUUCCCUGUUUUUCAACGUUUAAUCCUACAUCCAGAAUGAUGCAAUCUGACUUAAAAGUUAGUUCAAAACCUCCUUUAGCUGCUACCAAUGUCUUGCUGAAAAAAAGGCAUUCUUUACAUGCCGUCGAACCGUUGAAGAGACUCGACCACUUGGUGAGGCGCGGUAGCCAUGAACUAAUCCGAAAAGAAGAAUCGGGCUCCUGGGGAAAUCUAAGGCUGCUAGAUUCUAAAGAAAGGUCGGCAAGUCUUGCUCAGCUCAAGACAAGCGGCCGUACGCUUAGCGCUAGUAAUUUAGCAGCUUUAUCGGAUUCUAAUCUGUCUAUUCAAGUGGCCUUGCCGCAACGAAGCUAUGAACACACAGGUUCAAAAAGCAACCUGGCGAAACAGGGCUUUGAAGUUGUUGUAAAACGGUAUUACGAACAGCUAACGGUCGGCUGUGGCAAUGCAAAGUGUUGGAAUAAGUUUUGUGCAUCGAAUGGAACUGUUGCAAAACUAAAUUCUCGGCUUGCUAGUUUUGUAAGUAUUGAGCUGGCUACAUUAGGGAAAGUGUAUUUUUGUAAAGAGAGUAUGCAGAACGUGCGGACACCUCUCAAUGCUUUGUCGUUAACUAAUGAACCAAAACCAGUCUCGUUACCUAAUGAGCAAAAUCUGGCCUCGUUAGAUAACGAACAUGAACCGGUCUUGUUGUCUAACGAACAAAAACCAUGCUUGUUAAUUAACGAACAUAAACGGGACUUGGUAACUAAUGAACGUAAACCGGUCUUGUUAGCUAACGACCCUGAAUCAGUCUCCUUAACUUGUGAGCAAAAACCAGUAUCAUUCUUGCACAAGUUCUUCAGCAGUAGUCCGUUCACAUUUCUGUUCUCAAACGAGUCGACUUUGAAGGCAAGCAAGAAGCAGAGAUCUGGUUCGUUAAGUGACGUGAGAAGGACCCUAACAAUAUCUGGCAGCGAAAGUUCAUUAAAGUUGAACACAACUAAGAAUGAUGGUGAAAAACAAAAGAGUGUUACUCAAAAAUCUCAUGUAAAUACAAUGUUAGAUUCAACCAAAAAAGGGCUUUUGUAUGACAAAUCACCGUCUCCAACUUUAAUUGACCUACAGAAUGACAUUGAAAGUGUGGACGUUGACGAUGCUGUCUUGGAAGAAUUUGAAGAACAAUGUGUGUUAGAAAUGUCAUCUAGUAAUUUAAGAGAACUUUCGCUGACACACCUAACGUUGCCAAUGUUGGAAACAUCCGUCGAGAAUUAUCGACAAUGUGGCGAUGCCUCAUUUAUUGUUAACACAAUUCGGACAGUCUUCUCAUCCCCUGAAGCUCUUAAUGCUAGCUUCAACAGGAUUUUGACAACAAACGAGCUACAAAGUUCUAAACAAAAUGCUAGCUUUGUGAUGACGUCACCAACAAGCGAGCGUUGUGAACUCAAUUUAUCUGCCGUGAGGGAAGCCUACAUGUUACUACUUGAUCUUGAGCCGAAAGAAACCUUUGUUCAGCCAUUGCAGAAUUCUGCCGAGAUUCAUCUCAAAACUUUACAGACAUGUAAAGUAGAACCAUCAAAAGUGUUGCAAUUGGUUAUUCUCUUGGAGAACCCACUCGUGUUAGAGAAUAAUGACCUCCUACAAACGUUUUGCUGUGUCGUCGCCAACCUGGAAACAAGGACAAGGGAUUCUUUUGUGGAAGUCCUGGUAGAAUAUGAUCGUAUGAGUUUCCAAAGAGUUUUGAAGGUUUGUUAAUUUGUUUAAGGUGGCUAAUACAGUUUUUAAAAAUGGAAAAUUUGUGAUCCGUAUUUUUGGACACAAAAAGUGUCGUACUUAUGUAGUAUGUAAAACAUUAAUUAAUAACAGCAUCUAAAAGUUUUGAAAUGUUUCACAAAAGUUAUGCACAAUUUCUGCUAUGGAAACAAUGGCAUUUAAUAUGGUGGAUAUUUUGGCAAUAAUUUAACUCAUAAACAACAUCAGUGACCCCCAAACUUUAUUUCAUAAAAUGAUUCUUAUUAGACUAGUAUACUCAAUAGACCUUACCAAUUAUUCUCUUUUUCCCAGACCUUAAAAUAUCGGUCGGUCACGGACAUUGUCCGACCCAUUCGUGAAAUUGUCCAACGUAUAGAGGAAACCACCGGACAUUCUGUCCGACCAUAGUGAAACUGAGGUUUAUUGUUUGUCCGACCUGAGUGUAUUGGUGUCAGACCGAACUGUAGCUUUGUCCGACGUAAAUCAAAAUGUACCCUAGCCCAGGGCUAGAGGCUUGUAUGUUAAAUGGAAAAUCAGAGUACUGUUGUAUAAAAGGUGAACUGGAAAUGUUGUUUUAACGUAGUCGAGCGCGGGGCGGCGAGCAAAAUGGUGAAGUGGAAAAUUAACACGCUUAAGUUGUCGAAGUCUUUUUAAUACUGCUUUUCUGGAAAGCAAGUUAAUUUGGCUUGGAAAUAAGUAUGAAAGAAACAAAUUAAUAUUUAAUAUUUUUACAAUAUUUACAUUUAGAAUUAAUACAUUGUGCUGAUGUUCAUUUGUGUCAUUCAGACUUAUUUCCGAGUCAAAACUGAACUGAAGGUCAUCGGACAUAUGUCCGACCCAAACUCAACGUCACCGGACAUUUUGUCAGACGGCCCUGGAAACGAUAUUUUAAGGCCUGAAUUUUCCUGAUGGCCUCGUUUCCAUGUCAACUUAUUUUAGCAUCUCAUGGGCAGAUAAAGAUUACAGUAUAUUCCAUGUUUUCCUCAAUGAAUUUGUUUCUUGCUGUUCUUAGGCUUACAAAAUAGCAAAGUAAUUUUCAACCCUACUAAGCACGAAACCUGAGUAAGUAUUUGGCAUGAAAACGAGGCCAAAUGUUCGCUAAAAUAGAAUAACCAGUAAGGUCAACUAUUAUUUGUUUGGAGGAUUUUUCAAAUUAUGUGAAUGUGAUUAUUAUUCAAGAUAAUCCAACUUUAGGGUAAUUCCAUUGUGACUCGUGUUGCAUUCUGAACCAAACUAUCAGUGAGAGUAAUUUUGAUCUCGUGCAGGCCUUCAAACAAUUAUUUCACUUGGACGGACAAAUGUCUGGCCAAGCCAAAAAUUGGUUGGACAUUUAUCAAUGACUUAAUGUUAUAGAAUUCGUCAAUGGGAAUUAUCAAUGUACCAAUCUAGAAAUUUUUAUUCUUGGAUUUUUAAUUUUUUUCUGUGCAUGUACAGUAAUAUAAUUUUUCUGAAUAGGCAGUCCAGAGGUUACUCAGCUCUCGUGUCCACACAAGCCAGUGUUCAGAGCCUCACAUAAUCGCCAUUUGUAUGAUGUUGGCAACACUCCAUGAAGUAAAUUUUGUCUUGAAGAACAGAGUUCGGUCUCUGGUAGCCAUCAGUGAAUUUUACAAUAUUGAACUAUCGCAGAAGCUUGACUACAAAUUGGAAUAUGAGAAAUGGAGAAUUCAAAGCGAAAAAUCUCAAGGGUAAGCAUUUCUUUGUCACUAUUUCUAUGUCUAAGUGAACCUAUCUUUUUCUUAUUGUUAAGUUAUGUGUAUGCCUACUGUGUACCUAUCUUUUAAGGUGUAACUUGCCCAAUCGGGCAAGCAAGACAAAACGUUUACUUGCCCAUCAUCACAUUCACUUGCACCGGGCAUUUGGGCAAGUGUAAUAAGUUACAACUCUGAAGUUGUGACAAUGCUGUUCCAACAACUUGUCAACAAGAUUUUUCCUCAACAGGCUUGUAGCAAGCUUGUUAACAAGUUGUCACAAUGAAGUUCCAACAAUUUGUCAACAACAUUUUUCCUCAACAAGAUUUUUCCUCAACAGGUUUGUAGCAAGCUUGUUAACAAGUUGUGACAAUGCUGUUCCAACAACUUCACAACAAGAUUUUCCUCAACAAGAUUUUUCCUCAACAGGCUUGUAGCAAGCUUGUUAACAAGUUGUGACAAUGCUGUUCCAGCAACUUGUCAACAAGAUAUCUCCUUGACAGGCUUGUAGCAAGCUUGUUAACAAGUUGUGACAAUGCUGUUCCAUUACAACUUGUCAACAAGAUGUCUCCUCAACGGCUUUGUAGCAACCUUGUUAACAAGUUGUGACAAUGCUGUUCCAACAACUUGUCAACAUUAUCUAUUCAACGGGUUCGUAGCAAGCUUGUUAACAAGUUGUGACAAUGCUGUUCCAACAACUAGUCAACAAGAUUUUUCCUCAACAGGCUUGUAGCAAGCUUGUUGACAAGUUGUGAAAAUGCUGUUCCAACAACUUGUCAACAAGAUUUUUCCUCAACAGGCUUGUAGCAAGCUUGUUAACAAGUUGUGACAAUGCUGUUCCAACAACUUCACAACAAGAUUUUCCUCAACAAGAUUUCUCCCCAACAGGCUUGUAGCAAGCUUGUUGACAAGUUGUGACAAUGCUGUUCCAACAACUUGUCCACAAGAUUUUUCCCCAACAGGCUUGUAGCAAGCUUGUUAGCAAAUUGUAACAAUGCUGUUCCAACAUCUUGUCAACAUGAUAUCACCUCAACAGGCUUGUAGCAAGCUUUUUAACAAGUUGUAACAAUGCUGUUCCAAGAACUUGUCAACAAGAUUUUUCCUCAACAGGCUUGUAGCAAGCAUGUUAACAAGUUGUGAGAAUGCUGUUCCAACAACUUGUCAACAAGAUUUCUUCUCAACAGGCUGGUAGCAAGCUUGUUAACCAGUUGUGACACUGCUGUUCCAACAACUUGGCAACAAGAUUGUUCCUCAGCGGGUUUGUAGCAAGCUUGUUAACCAGUUGUGACAAUGCUGUUCCAAGAACUUGUCAACAAGAUUUUUCCUGAACAGGCUUGUAGCAAGCUUGUUAACAAGUUGUGACAAUGCUGUUCCAACAACUUGUCAACAAGAUUUCUUCUCAACAGGCUUGUAGCAAGCUUGUUAACCAGUUGUGACAAUGCUGUUCCAACAACGUGUCAACAAGAUUUCUUCUCAACAGGCUUGUAGCAAGCUUGUUAACCAGUUGUGACAAUGCUGUUCCAACAACUUGUCAACAAGAUUUUUCCCCAACAGGCUUGUAGCAAGCUUGUUAACAAGUUGUAACAAUACUGUUCCAACAACUUCACAACAAGAUUUUCCUCAACAAGAUUUUUCCCCAACAGGCUUGUAGCAAGCUUGUUAAAAAGUUGUAACAAUGCUGUUCCAACAACUUGUCAACAAGAUUUCUUCUUUACAGACUUGUGGCAAGCUUGUUAACCAGUUGUGACAAUGCUAUUCCAACAACUUGUCAACAAGAUUUCUUCUCAACAGACUUGUGGCAAGCUUGUUAACCAGUUGUGACAAUGCUGUUCCAACAACUUGUCAACAAGAUUUCUUCUCAACAGACUUGUAGCAAGCUUGUUAACCAGUUGUGACAAUGUUGUUCCAACAACAUGUCAACAAGAUUUCUUCUCAACAGGCUUGUAGCAAGCUUCUUAACCAGUUGUGACAAUGCUGUUCCAACACCUUGUCAACAAGAUUUUUCCUCAACAGGCUUGUAGCAAGCUUGUUAACAAGUUGUGACAAUGCUGUUCCAACAACUUGUCAACAAGAUUUUCCUCAACAAGAUUUUUCCCGUACAGGCUUGUAGCAAGCUUGUUAACAAGUUGUAACAAUGCUGUUCCAACAACUUGUCAACAAGAUUGUUCCUCAACAGGCUUGUAGCAAGCUUGUUGACAAGUUGUGACAAUGCUGUUCCAACAACUUCUCAACAAGAUAUCUCCUCAACGGGUUUGUAGCAAGCUUGUUAACAAGUUGUGACAAUGCUGUUCCAACAACUUGUCAACAAGAUUUUUCCGCAACAGGCUUGUAGCAAGCUAGUUAACAAGUUGUGACAAUGCUGUUCCAACAACUUCACAACAAGAUUUUCCUCAACAAGAUUUUUCCUCAACAGGCUUGUAGCAAGUUUGUUAACAAGUUGUUACAAUGCUGUUCCAACAACUUCACAACAAGAUUUUCGUCAACAAGAUUUUUCCUCAACAGGCUUGUAGCAAGCUUGUUAACAAGUUGUGACAAUGCUGUUCCAACAACUUGUCAACAAGAUUUCUCCUUAACAGGCUUGUAGCAAGCUUGUUAAUCAGUUGUGACAAUGCUGUUCCAACAACUUGUCAACAAGAUUGUUCCUCAACAGGCUUGUAGGGAGCUUGUUAACAAGUUGUAACAAUGCUGUUCCAACAACUUGUCAACAAGAUUUCUUCUCAACCGGCUUGUAGCAAGUUUGUUAACCAGUUGUGAUAAUGCUGUUCCAACAACUUGUCAACAAGAAUUUUCCUCAAGAGGCUUGUAGCAAGCUUGUUAACAAAUUGUAACAAUGCUGUUCCAACAACUUGUCUACAAGAUUUUUCCUCAACAGGCUUGUAGCAAGCUUGUUGACAAGUUGUGAUAAUGCUGUUCCAAGAACUUGUCAACAAGAUUUUUCCUCAACGGGUUUGUAGCAAGCUUGUUAACAAGUUGUGACAAUGCUGUUCCAACAACUUGUCAACAAGAUAUCUCCUCAACGUGUUUGUAGCAAACUUGUUAACAAGCUGUGACAAUGCCGUUCCAACAACUUGUCAACAAGAUGUCUCCUCAACGGGUUUGUAGCAAACUUGUUAACAAGUUGUGACAAUGCUGUUCCAGCAACUUGUCAACAAGAUCACUCCUCAACAGUUUUGUAGCAAGUUUGUUAGCAAGUUGUCACAAUGCUGUUCCAGCAAUUUGUCAACAAGAUGUGCUUGCAAUAGGUUUGUAGCAAGCUUGUUAAUAGGUUCAGUGUUGUCGCUUUUUUGACUACUUGCCAGGGAAGUUGGACAAAAUAGUCGCUGAAUAAAAUUGACAUGCCAUCAGGUAUUGGCCUCUGGGGUACCUAGGUAGGGGGUAUAAAUUAAGGGAACAACAUGUCGACCCGUUCUUCCACUGCUCUAUAUGGCCAUGUUAUACUACCUCAGAUCUAGCUUUGGCCCACAAAAAACAAAAUUUGAAUCAAGUCCGUGCACUAUAAAAAUUAUAUUCGCCCAAUGGGAAAUGGGCUUGAAUGUACCUAGUUUUUGUUAUUUUUAAAAUAUGCGCACGCCUGAGCGUAUCUAUUUUUUCUCUUCGCAGCUCUUCUGAAGCGGUGUCCAGUAUGUCAAUUUUGGACUUUCCAUUUGUCUUGGAACCAGCUUCAAAGGUAUAAAUGUUUGAACUUUGAAUAGCCCUACGACAUUUGCAAGUUUUGUAUUAACGGCUUAUUGACCGAGCGUGAGGUCUGUACUGUGAAAUACCAGACCGAGGUUUUUUGGUCGAGGUCUGAUAUUUCACAGUACAGACCGAACAAGCGAGGUCAAUAAUCGGUUGAUUAUAUGGCUGAACUGAGUCUGUGAGCAUAUGCUUUUCACGCGAAUUAAAUCGGCUAUCGUCAGUUUCACUGGGUAACAAUAUACGGUAGGCAUGCAUGUUCAAUCAAAAACAAUUUGGUUGUUUGAAAUUUUUAUCUGUAAAUUUCAUUGACACACAAUUGGAAAAUUAAAAAGCAAAAUUUUUUUUGUUUGCAAAGCAAAAAUUUCCCGCCAGAUAAACGACAUCCGGGACACCGGUCCAGAUACGGAAAAUACGGACCACGGUCCGGAUAUGGGUUUUACGGACCGCUUGUCAACUAAUCAGAAUAAAGAAUUUUGAAAAGCCAUAUAAUAAUAAUUUGUAUUACGCAUGGGAAAAUGCACCACUUUCUGCCGAAAUGCGGUUAAUGUUGGGUCAGCAAAAUGUUUACCAAGAAAAACAUUUCUUUUCGGUGCCCCAUAAAUAAAGACCUGUCCCUAAUUUGCAGGCCUGCACACAGUCAGCUGAAUGGCACGAAUACUUCAUUUAGGUUCGUAUCAUGCGCAUACACGCAAUGCGCCAGAUGGGCCUGGAAUACCGCGACGCCAUUUUGUACCAAGCUAAAGUCAAUCAAGCGAAGAAAGUUUACGAAGAUGGUGAAAUGACUGUUGAAGAUAGUGUCAAGUCCGCCAUGAGUCCAUUUCUUGUUCUGGAAGUGCGUCGAGAUCACCUCAUUGAAGAUACGCUGGUUCAGGUUAAAUUAAAGGUAGUAUCCGAACGGAGUAUUCUACAAUAAGGCAAAAAAAAAUAUGUGGGUUUCCGGUUUCUUCUUAUAAAAAUUUAGGUAGGGUCUGUCGGUUUUAACCUUUUUUUUUAAACUUUUUUUUUUAAUUUUCCGAAAAAGCGGACGCCAUUUUGUUUAGUUAGUGCUUCCACAUCCAAAGAUAAAUUUCCCUAAUAUUGCCUCAAAUUUCAAUUUUCCACAAACUUUUUCCUCUAAGUGGAAACACUUACAAGCAUGAUCCAACAAAAAAGUUUAGGGUCGGGAUUUCGACGUCCAAAAGCUAGGUAGGGUCGGGAAACCGGAAACGCACAUAUUUUUUUUGGCGUAAUGAUCUACAAUUUAAUAGUUCUAUUGAGUUAGAUGCCCACAAAGUAUCGUAUUUACUCGUUUGAGCGCCGCCCCCGAAUGAGCGCCGCAUCUGAAGCUUUGAAAAUUUAAAGAGCGCCGCGACGCCCAAACGAGUAAAUACGGUAUGCCUGUUUUCAAACAUCGGGGCUACUUUACAUACAUUGGGGGCUUCGGUGGCGAAGUGAUUAGCGCACUUGCCUUCCAGCCCUAAAGUCGCAGGUUCAAACCUCAGUGAGAACUUCCUCAAUGCGACCCGAACCCAGUUCCCACACGGACUCGAAAGUCGUUCAUUAUUUUUACGAUAAACUAUUUGUUUAUUAGCAUCGCCUGAGUCAUGUUUUAGUCGGAAUUUUAGCUCAGCUGCCGUUUAGUAUACUGCACAUUUUCGGUGACGAUUAAUGUGUUCUAUACUUUAUCUGUCGUGAUAACUUAACGCUUUAAAUUUCCGGUACCAAAAUGAGAACGGAAGUGAAAACAUCGGUGUUGGUAUUGGAAGUCGAACUUAAACUCUCUUGUGUUUAAGUUAGGACGGAUGAUCAAACGUCUUGUGGAAAAAUCUGUCUGGUAUAAAUCCCGCCAAUGACAAUGAUUUCGUAUGUGAAUUUCAGGAGAAUGAUUUAAAGAAAGCUCUGAAGAUCAGAUACGUGGGCGGAGGCGAGGAAGGACUGGAUCUAGGAGGUCUACAGAAAGAAUUCUUUCAUAUUAUUAUUAAUGAUAUCAUACAACCUGGUAAGUGAAUAACGUUUGAUACAGAAAUAGCUUCUGAAAUAGGACCGUGCUUUUAAGAUGCACCAAAAUAUGAGAGGGGCAUGGACAACCCAUACAAUAGUGUACCCUGACAUGGUCAGAAAUGAUGGACAUGAUUAUUCUACUUUACAUGAUCCUGAUCAAAGUAAUCGCAAUAGAAAUUUUUUCAGUGGUAAAGUGUGUGAAAAGUUGUUCUGAUUAAAAUAUUAAAAAUCAAAAAAAAUCCCUUCGGUGGAACAUGAUGAAAAUCAAGUUUUUCUUACUUCUACACCUAUAGAAAACCAUUGCGGACAAAAUGUUGAAAUUUUGAAAUUAUUUUUUUGCAGGUAUAACAUGCAUCAUUGGAAAGCUUAGAAAAAAUUAAAUUAUAGAUCAUUAAACGGCUACCUUGCUUUUGAAUGCUGCUGUUAGGGUUUGUCAUCCAAGUGGCUACUAUGAUACAUUUAAGACCUGACCAGGAACGACUGCGAAAAAUGCAGCACAAGGUCCUCUGGUAGGAAUUGAACCUACGGCCCUGCGAUUCCGGUGCAGCGCUCUAACCAACUGAGCUACAGAGGCCAGCUGUUACUGCAGCUGGUCUCUGUAGCUCAGUUGGCCUCUAACAGCUGGCUUCUGUAGCUCAGUUGAUUAGAGCGCUGCACCGGAAUCGCAGGGCCGUAGGUUCAAUUCCUACCAGAGGACCUUGUGCUGCAUUUUUCGCAGUCGUUCCUGGUCAGGUCUUAAAAUGUAUAUAGUAGCCACUUGGAUGACAAACCCUAAGAACAGCAUUCAAAUAUUAAUACCACCAAGUGACGUGCAGAAAACCAGAUCAUUGAAGUCUACCUUGCUUUUGCCUAUCCAGCCGAAGUUAUACAAGAUUUAAAAUGCCAUAAAUUUGUAUUUUGUGCAAAUUUUGCGCUAUUUUUCCAACUUUGAGCUAGAAUAACGACAAACUGACCAGUAAAUUAAAUAUAACGGUUAAAUAAAUUGAAUAUAACGGUUUUAAUAAUUGACCUUUAUAUAGUUUUGUUUAAGCUUUCCAAUAAUGUAGGUUACAUUUACCUAGAAAUGAUUUCAAAAUUUGAACAUUCUGUCCACAAUGGUUUUCUAUAGGUAGAAGUAAGAGAAACUCGAUUUUCACCAUGUUCCACCGAAGGGAUUUUUUUGGAUUUUUAGUAUGUUAAUCAGGACAGCUUCCCUCACAUUUUACCACUGAGAAAAAUUCUAUUGCAAUUUCUUUGACCACUGGUCACAUAUUGACUGGACUACCUUGAAAUAUGGCUUCUGCAGUAAACAGUAAAUUAUAUUACGCGAUACUGUAAAUUGCAAAAUCAGAGAACACGGUAGGUCGUUUGCAACUUGCCCCAGUUGCUUGUUGGAGAACAAAGUUCGUAGAAAGAUUUAGUGUAGUGUUUGCCUGGUGUAAGUUACUGCCUAUUCUGCAUUUUCGUUUGUUCCUCGUGGCAGUAGUGCUGUAUUCUUUUAUAUAGAGUUAAAUAGACAAAUGUCGACAAAUGUCGCUGCCAGUGAUUGAGGCAAGUUGCAAACGACCUACUUUAUUCUCAGAUUUUGCGAUUAACAACGUCACGUUAUAUAAUUCACUGUUUAUACUGUUGAAGUCAUAUUUCAACGUGAUAUCCAAAUUACGAAAGAAUUAGAAUAAAUCACGUCCGCAAUUUCUGGUCAUGUAUAUAUAGCCCGCAAUUUAUGCGAUAUUUUUCAGACUAUGGAAUGUUCACCUAUCUGGAAGAAGUGGAACGAAUGUGGAUCAAUUGCAACUCCCUGGAGCUGGAGUCUGAUCUGCUCUUUGAGCUAGUAGGGACGUUGCUGGGUGUUGCUAUAUAUAACGGGAUAAUAUUGGAUCUUCAUUUCCCUCCUGUGAUCUACAAGAAACUUCAAGGUUGCAAGACAGACCUCGCGGACCUCAAGGAUGUACAACCAUUGCUAGCGCGAAACUUGCAAUCAUUGUUACAGUAUGAUGGUGAUAUCGAGAGUACAUUCUGUUUCACAUUUGAGGUAUUGUAUGACGGAACCUUCUCGAACACUACAGUAAAACCCCGCAUAAAAGAGGGUCCUGAAGGGGGGGGGUCCCAAUCCCAUUUCCCACCUGAAAUUUUGGCAAAAUUCCAGUCCCAGUUGGAUUUUUAUUAGAAACCCAGUCCCAGUUAUUGAAAUCCCAGUCAAUAAAAAACCCUUUAUUUAUCGUUAGAAUAAACAGUUUUAAGACCUUUUAAGCAAGUGGCGGACACUUUAUGAAAUAUUAGGGGGGGGCUCGUGCCGAAGGCACGGAAAAUUUUUAAAUUUGAAUCCCAGAAAUGGCAUUUGCAGCAUUCUGAGACACACAUAAUCAGAAAACCCAGAAUUCCUGGCGCCAGAGUAUGCCGUUAUGUUAGGAAAUUAAAACAGGAAGUUAGGAAAAUUUAAAAUGAAGUUUGGAAUAUUGCAACAGCCGAUAGGAACAUUGCAAAGAGUUUUUCAAAUUUGCAAAGCUAAUGAGGAAAAUUCCAAAUGAGUUACGAAGUCAAAUGAGUUACGAAGUCAAAAGAGGAACGCUUCACGUAGUUUACCUGUAACACUCGUUUCAAACUUGUUACAACAACUGGGAACAAGCAGUGCGAACACAACUUGUCGACAGCUUGUGUACAUAUUUGUGACAACUUGUUUGCAGACCUGUAACAACUUCUGCGUUUUUACGUGUAUAUUGGGAGUGGUAUUAAACACACGUGAAAACGCAGCAGACUUGUAGCAAUGCUGUUCCAACAACUUGUUCCUGUUAACAACUUGUAACAAGCUUGAUGGCAUUAUCAGACUUGUUGAAGGUUGUUCUAUAAUAAGUCCCAUACAGUCAUGAUAUAACAAGAAUGUUACAAGGUUGACGGCACAAGGUUGUAACAAUAUUGUUGUAUCAUGACUGUAUCGGACUUGUUGGAACAACCUUGCAACAAGCCUGAUAAUAUCAGCAAGGCUUUUACAAUUGUUAACAAGUUGUUCCAAACUUGUUGACAACUUGGGACAAGCAGUGCGAACACAACUUGUUGAUGGCUUGUUGGCAGACUUGCUACAAGAUGUGAGAUUUUACUCCCAAUAACUCGAGCAUACCACUUCUGUUACAGAUCUCUCGCCCAUUUUUUGAUCGGGUUAGCACGGUCAGCUUGAAAGCCAAUGGUGAGGAUAUAGCAGUUACAAAUGAGAACAAAGAGGAAUAUGUUCAUCUCUAUGUUGACUAUCUACUCAACAGAAGUAUUGCUCCACAGUUUGACGCAUUGUCACGUGGCUUUCAUAAGGUAA